AGAUACAGGAUAAAGGGAAUAAGAUAAGGUCCAAUGAAAGAUAGUCCAAGUGUCUACUUCAACUUGAACUUGAGCAGCACUUUGCAAAGCCCACGGUUUAAAAUGACUGCUUUUUAUUCCGAGUGAUUGGCUGGUAUAGCUGGCAGAAUGCAGCAGCCUGUGUGGAUUGGGGAAGAGGAGGAGGAGGAGAGGCAGCAGCAAAGAUACUAGAGGGCAGUAGUCGCAGUCUGUCGGGGGGCGUGAUCAAAUCUACAAAGCUACUAAAGCCAGCUUGUGUGUGAUUGAGCCGAGUUACUGCAGGCCAGGCGGUGGGUGACAGUGACAGCUGGGUAUGGCUGACGAGCUACAGGCAUGGAGCGGACCUCUGGCCUUGAACGAAGUGGAUGAGAAACCCCAGCACCCGCUGGCUGUCAAAUACGAUGGCGUGGACAUCGAUGCGCUGGGCAAAGUGCUGACGCCCACCCAGGUGCAGAAACGUCCAGUCAGCAUUAACUGGCCUGGUUGCAGUCCAGCCAAGCAAUACACUCUAGUUCUGACCGACCCCGAUGCUCCAAGUAGGGAGAAACCAAAAUUUAGGGAAUGGCAUCAUUUCCUUGUCGUCAAUAUGAAAGGAAAUGAUAUUAAAAGUGGAGAGAUUCUUUCUGACUAUGUUGGCUCUGGUCCUCCCCAAGGAACAGGUCUUCACCGCUAUGUCUGGCUGGUUUAUGAACAAUCUAAAGCGUUACAAUGUGAUGAACCACGAUUGACCAACCGGUCUGGCGAUAAGCGCGGGAAUUUCAAAACUGCCGCUUUCCGUAAGAAGUACAGUUUGGGUUCGCCAGUGGCUGGCAUCUGUUAUCAAGCUGAAUGGGAUAAUUAUGUGCCAAAACUUUAUGACCAGUUAGCUGGAAAGUAAAAAAAUUGCAAGUUUCUGAACAGUUUUGCAGUUUUAACAAAUGUGCACAUCCUUGUGACUAAUGUCAAUAGUAUUGUUGUGUUCACAGUUCCUGUCAUGGCAACCACCUUGCUUUUGACUCUAAAAUAAAACAUGAGUGGAUGAUAA